AUGGAAAAGCUCAGAAGAUCGUCCAAAAACAAGACCGAUGUCGCUUGCAAGAGGCACCCGAAACACCAACAAUCCCCGGGCGUUUGCUCCUUGUGCUUGAAGGAAAAGCUAGAACGAGUUGCUCACAAGCUCUCAACUUAUUCUGUCCCCUACUUGCAUAGAACUUUUUCCGCUUCUCCUUCUACGACUUCUUCUUUAUCGUCGUACUACUCGUCCUCUUCAGCUUCUUCUUCUUCAUCUCCCGCGCCAGGUUACGAUCAAAAGGGUUCGAUAUCUUGGUUGUUGAGCGGUGAAAAUAAUGUGCUUAGUAAAAGUAGGUCGCUGGUGAAUUAUUUUCCGAGACGAAAGAGGAAGAUGGGAAGUGAAGAGAAGAAGAAGAGUCGGUUUUGGACAAAGUUGCUUCGUCCCAUAAGUAAGCGGAGGGAAGAGGGUUUGAUGCACUCUAGGACUGUAAGAGAGAUCAGGGUUCCUAAUAGGGUGCUUUGA